AUGGGUCAGUCACGACGCCCCGCUGGUGGGGAGAAGAAGAGCCGGUUCGGCCGCUCGAAAGCAGUCGCCGAUGUUGGCGAUGGUCGGCAGGCGGGGGGCAAACCGCAAGUCAAGAAGGCCACCUUUGAGAGCAGCAAGAAGAAGGAGAUCGGUGUAUCGGAUCUUACGCUCCUCAGCAAGAUCUCCAAUGAAGCCAUCAACGACAAUUUGAAGCUCCGGUUCGAGCAUGACGAGAUUUAUACCUAUAUUGGCCAUGUGUUGGUCUCUGUGAACCCGUUCCGAGAUUUGGGUAUCUACACUGAUAGCGUCCUCGACUCAUACCGUGGCAAGAACCGCCUCGAAGUCCCUCCUCAUGUAUUUGGAGUCGCCGAAUCCGCAUACUACAACAUGAAGUCCUACAAGGACAACCAAUGUGUGAUCAUCUCUGGAGAGUCCGGUGCCGGAAAGACGGAGGCGGCCAAGCGGAUCAUGCAAUACAUCGCCAGUGUAUCCGGCGGCAACGAUUCGUCUAUUCAACAAACGAAGGAGAUGGUGCUGGCAACCAACCCCCUGCUAGAGUCAUUCGGUAAUGCGAAGACCCUCCGUAACAACAACUCAUCGCGAUUCGGAAAGUACCUGGAGUUGGAAUUCAACGCCAAUGGCGAGCCGGUGGGAGCUAACAUCACAAACUAUCUACUGGAGAAAUCACGAGUCGUGGGCCAAAUUACGAACGAGCGAAACUUCCACAUUUUCUACCAACUCACCAAGGGCGCCCCACAAAAGUACCGAGAUAGCUUUGGUCUACAACAGCCGCAGUCCUACCUCUACACGAGCCGCUCGAAAUGUUUCGAUGUGCCAGGAAUUGACGAUGUUGCUGAGUUCAAGGACACACUGGAUGCUAUGGCAGUUAUUGGAAUGAGCGACGCUGAGCAGGAUAACGUCUUCCGCAUGCUGGCCGCCAUUCUUUGGAUUGGCAACGUUCAGUUCAGCGAAGACGACUCAGGCAAUGCUGCUAUCAGUGACCAGUCCGUUGUUGACUUUGUCGCUUACCUGUUGGAAGUCGACUCCGCUCAAGUGAACAAGGCCCUGACCAUUCGCCUCAUGGAGACUGCACGUGGAGGACGCAGGGGCUCUGUCUACGAAGUUCCCUUGAACAGGGCCCAAGCUUCUGCCGUGCGGGAUGCUUUAGCCAAGGGAAUCUACUUCAACCUCUUCGACUGGAUUGUGGAACGCGUCAAUCAAUCCCUGACUGCCCGCGCAGCCAUCACCAAUUCCAUCGGCAUUCUGGAUAUUUAUGGAUUUGAAAUCUUCGAGAAGAACUCAUUCGAGCAACUUUGCAUCAACUACGUCAACGAGAAGCUCCAGCAGAUCUUCAUUCAAUUGACCCUCAAGGCAGAGCAGGAUGAAUAUGCCCGCGAGCAAAUCAAGUGGUCUCCGAUUGAAUACUUUGACAACAAAGUCGUGUGUUCCUUGAUUGAGGACAAGCGUCCUCCCGGUGUCUUCGCUGCCUUGAACGACGCUUGUGCGACUGCUCACGCUGAUCCCGGUGCUGCUGACCAGACUUUCGUCGGCAGACUGAACUUCUUGUCCCAGAAUCCCAACUUUGAAGGCCGACAGGGUCAGUUCAUCAUCAAGCACUACGCCGGUGACGUGAGCUACGCUGUUGAGGGAAUGACCGACAAGAACAAGGAUCAGCUCUUGAAGGACUUGUUGAACCUUGCCCAAUCUAGCAGCAACCAAUUCGUCCACACCCUGUUCCCUAACCAGGUGAACCAAGACGACAAGCGCCGCCCACCUACUGCCGGUGACAAGAUCAAGGCGUCUGCCAACGACCUGGUGGCCACGCUCAUGAAGGCACAGCCAUCGUACAUUCGUACUAUUAAACCCAACGACAACAAGGCCCCGAGGGAAUACAACCAGGGUAACGUUCUGCAUCAGAUCAAAUACCUCGGUCUGCAAGAGAACGUGCGCAUUCGACGUGCUGGUUUCGCCUAUCGUCAGACCUUCGAUAAGUUCACCGAGAGAUUCUAUCUCCUUUCUCCCAAGACCUCAUAUGCCGGUGAUUACACAUGGACCGGUGAUGUGGAAUCGGGUGCCAAGCAGAUCCUGAAGGACACUCGCAUCCCUGCUGAGGAAUACCAGAUGGGUAUCACCAAGGUCUUCGUCAAGACACCCGAGACGCUCUUUGCACUCGAAGCCAUGCGAGACAAGUACUGGCACAACAUGGCCAUCCGUAUUCAGCGCGCUUGGCGAAACUACCUUCGGUAUCGCAUUGAAUGUGCGAUCCGCAUUCAGCGCUUCUGGCGCCGUAUGACUGGUGGACUUGAAUUCAUCAAGGUUCGCGACGAAGGUCACAAGCUUCUCCAAGGCCGCAAGGAACGUCGCAGAAUGAGUUUGCUCGGUUCUCGUCGCUUCUUGGGUGAUUACCUCGGCGUUGGCAACUCCGGUGGUCCUGGUGAAAUGAUCCGCAAUGGUGCAGGCAUCAGUGGCUCAGAAGAUGUUGUAUUCUCUUGUCGUGCGGAAGUAUUGGUUUCCAAGUUUGGUCGUUCCAGCAAGCCUGAGCCUCGGAUUCUUGUGUUGACCAGCCGACACAUUUACAUCAUCUCACAAAGUAUCGUCAACAACCAGCUUGCCAUCGCGUCAGAGCGAACCAUUCCUGUUGGAGCUCUCAAAAGUAUCAGCACCUCCAACCUCAAGGACGACUGGUUCUCGCUUGUUGUCGGUGCGCAAGAGCCCGAUCCUUUGGUCAAUUGUGUCUUCAAGACCGAAUUCUUCACUCAUCUCUCUACCGUCCUCCGUGGCUCCCUUAAUUUGAAGAUCGCAGACACCAUCGAAUACCACAAAAAGCCAGGCAAGCUGGCCACUGUCAAGGCUGUCAAAGACCCAGCCGCUGGAACUGUUGACAGCUACAAGAGUAGCACAAUCCACACCAGUGGUGGUGAGCCUCCCAGCUCCGUCUCCAAGCCUACCCCUCGGCCCAAGCCCGUUGCUGCACGACCAGUCACAAAGGGCAAGCUCCUUCGUCCCGGUGGUCCGGGUGGUGGUCCUUCCAAGCUUUCCCAGGCUGCUCGCAGACCUGUUCCCGCCGCGCAACCACUCCCGCGGUCAACUCCCCAGCCCGCAGCAACACCACGACCCGCUGCGCAGCCCCGCAUCGUGCCUCAGCCUGUCGCUGCUGUCGCGGCAUCCCACUCUCGCAAUGAGUCUACUGGCUCUGUGAGGGCUCCUCCACCACCACCCCCUUCGGCACCUCCAGCCGCUGCACAGAAACCCACCGCAAAGGUCAAGUAUGACUUCAACAGCGACCGGGCCAACGAGCUUUCAAUCCGCACAGGAGAAAUUGUACAGAUUGUGUCCAAGGAAGGAAACGGUUGGUGGUUGUGUAUGAACACCACAACUUCGACACAAGGAUGGACUCCAGAGGCGUAUCUCGAGGAGGUAGCCGCAGCUCCCACUCCCCGACCUGCUCCUCCCCCUCCUCCUGCAGCACCCCGAGCAACCCCCAGCCCUGUGCCAAACGGAGCCGGUGCCGCCGCCGCUGCGAAGACCAAACCCGCCCCGCCCGCUCCUCCCGCCAAGCGACCCAACAUGGCCGGUCGCAAACCCGCGCCCCCACCUGCUCCUCGCGAUAGCGCUGUGAGCAUGAACUCUGGCGACUCAUCCGGUGCCAGCGGUCGCGGCACCCCUAACAGUGCAUCCAACGCCAGCCUCGCGGGCGGUUUGGCGGAGGCCUUACGUGCACGCCAGAGCGCGAUGCAAGGCAAACACGAUGACGACGACGAGUGGUAG